AUGUCAACGAGCUCCUCUCGGAACCCUGCCAGCGGUUUCCAGCAGGGAGCAUCGAUGAUUCCAAGUGAACGGCAGUACCCAACACUAGGUGGACUUACACUAGACAUUGGAAGCAUGUUGGACAUUUCAAUCCAAUCCGCCCUUGGGGAUGAGCUGGGCCAUCUCUAUCGUGUUGGCAAUGCCCUCAAUGGGCGUUUCACGCCCCCGGUCAAUGAGAAUGUUUUGCGUGCACUUGCACCUGAAUACAGCCUCUCUGACCAGGCUGUUCUUGAUGACCCAACUUUCUUGGCACCUUUACGUGAGGGGGAGAAGAUGAAGAUUACAAUAUCAACACACAAUGCCACACUGACCUGGGAAACAAGUAGACAGGUGACUGCACACAACUGGCCCAUUGGGCGGGAAGGAGGUGUGACUCUCACACGUGGUGACCUCAAUAUUGAGCUUCAGUGGCAAGGAUAUAUCUCACACUAUGAUGCUCAACCAGGUCAAAUGCCCUACAGGGACAUUAAGCUCUCUGUUGUUAAUGACACAGGCAACACCAGAGCACAAUUAUGCGCGAGGUUUCACCGAGGCCAAGUGUUACGGGGUAACAACGAUUUGAGGGAACACCAUCGAGUUCGACAGAUUAGGAUGGAGAAGAGCGAGAAUGGGAGGCAGUGCUGCAAUUAG